AUGUCCGGCAUCCCUUCUCGUCGCCAUCCCUUCAAGUCUUCCCAUUUUCACGAUAUUUUUCGCGGCACGACUACUGGCACUGGUUAUCAUACAACUCAACCAGGUCCUUCGUUCCCCACCAUUGAUGAUAGUCCCUCAGACGCUCCAGAGUCGACUGAGUCGACUACCAAGAAACGUACGACGAGAUUACCUCUUUUCGGGCGCUCGAGAAAGAAGUCAACUCAUUCAGAUAUCGCGCCCGGCACUUCUUCACGGCCAUCUGAGUCUCAAUCAGGACGGGGUUCCACUGCUACUCACGCCUCUCGUCAUGAACGGUCAAGUUUACACGCCCGCGCGUCGACCUCACAGCCGUCCCUUCUGGCCGUGUCUACCCAGCCCACCCUGAGCUCCAAGAUUGUGGCCCAUUUCACCCCUCGCAAAUCACGAAAACACAAGUCUACACCUUCAUUGAGCCAGAGUGAAGAAGUUUCGGAUUCUCCCUCUCAUAUUCCAUCCUUACCUUCAGCCCCUACAAUUCGACCAUCCACAGAAUCAACCCGUUCUCGUGAAGACCGCCAAAGCCUGAACGGAAGAAGACAGCCGGGGACCCCAACCCUUCGGCAAACUCGGACGGGUGGCUUGGCACAGCCAACGAUAACCGUUUCACACCCGGACUCCGACGAUCUUAGCGAGUAUGAGGACCUAUUCACUAAGCCUCGGCAAAACUCAAAACCCAAACCUGCUCCGCUUCAGAUCCCUCCCCUUAAACAAAAGCCCCGAAAUCGCAUACGAGAUUCGAGUACGAGUACAACAUCCUCCUCUCCGUCCUCACCCAAUACUUCCACGGAUCCCGCGCUUUCUGAAAGGGGCACUCACUCCUCUGCUACGACCACUCCAACUCACGAAACACCUACUCCUACUGGAAGCCCGGCAGAAAUUAGUAUCUUAGCGGCGUCAACGUCAGUUGCCGCCGAUAAAGUGGCCGAGAAGAGGUUGCGUGAUGACUCAACCUGCGGGGAGAACCAGAGUUUCAAGUCUCCUUCAUCUUCAUUGAGGACGAAACCUAUAUCGAGGGUUACUCCUACCGCCACAGAUACGGAAUUAUACUCUACAGCAGAAGAAUCUGACGCGAUGUCCGUAAUGUCGAUGCCGGCUCUUGGUGCAUCGUCUUUUACGAGGAGGCGAAAAACCAGUCAUCAAACAUCCGACAAUAUUAAUCGAGUGUCUCCCACCCUAUCGUACCGGUUGGAAAGGGGGCGAACUAUGACUCUUGCGCCGUCUUCUAAACCCCCCUCUAGACCUUUACCACCACCUCCUAACAAUGGCGGUCGACCGAGGGCCAAUACAUUACUUACACUUUCACUUUCCCAGUCUUCCAAUCCCCCCGGAACAACUCUAAAAUGCCCCAGUAGCGCCUCAUCAAAGAGACUGUUACCAUCUCCUCCGACACCUCCUCCGAAGGACGAUUCAGUACCUUCCGAAGCCCCUCAGUCCUCGAUAAACACCGAUAAUCGUUCUUCGCAAUCUUCUUCCGACUCCUCUUCCUCAACACAGACUCUAACCAAAACGAAUAUUCCACACAUUCAGCCGUUGGGUAUUCAAAUUGACACUGCUUCCGCCGAUGAGCUUCGCCUAGGUCUCCGUCAACGGAACAUGCAGCUCGACAAUCUCGCGAAUUACAUAAAAAAUGUUACGGAAAUCCAUGCGCAGGAGAAGCUUCAGCUAGAGAAACGAAUCGCAGACCUCGAACGAGAUAUUAUGAGGCGAGACAAGGAGAUCAAAGGCCUCGGAUGGUUGAUGAGGAAUGGGAACGAGCAGGCGAGCAAUACCACAAGGCCCCUCGCCACGCCUGACCUCGAUAAAGAAAGAAGCGAUGAUUCGUCGACACACAGCAUGCGCCUGGCUACGCCAUCGUCCUCGAUCCGACUUCCUCUCUAUCGGCGUUUGAAUGCUGAUGAUUCAGGUGCAGAGUCGUAUGCGACGUCUGGUGCUGAAUCCAUCGACAAAGGAUCAGCCACAUCCGGUGCUGACUCCUGGGAAGUUUCGCCCAAACCCAGAAGGGCUAUGAGGAAGCUCAAGCUUGUGGAAACCUUCAACAACACUACUCCUUUAUCACGACCUUUAGCUCUCAGGCAGGCCGAGGGUAAGACUAUCGAAGCUUUGCAGCGGUCAUCUAUGUCUUCCGUCUACUCCACAUCUUCGUCUGGAUCUUCACCCUUUUCUAGUCCUACUUCUGUGGCAUUCGCAUGCGCAGGACUUACAUCUAUACCCGAAACUCCAUCACGCCCACGAACUACCAGCGGCAUUUCCCUGCCAAAGGACAAGAAGGUUGAACGUGAACGGAAGCUCUCGAACGUAUCCAACUCCUCUUCUAACACCACUUCCGCCCCGUCGAAGUCUAAGCCAACAUCUUCCCGAUUGACUCCAUCGGAAGCAUAUGCUAGGAAUCUUGUAAAAGAUAGGCCUCCAUCGAUAGCUCAAAUUCUGAAUUCUGGCAACCAAAACACUCCUACGGCCCCUAUAAUGCAAGAGUCCUUUGGUGGAAGAUCGAGAGCACUGCUGGGUUUAGUACACAAGAAGAGCUGA